UUAUUGCAAUUUCAAAAGAGCAUAUAGAGUAAUUAUUUGUUUGAUAGCAAGAAUAUUUUCCUUCUUAAAUUACUUUAUUUAAUGACUUUUUCAAAUUUGCAUUGAAGUUGAAACUUUUGUCUUGUUUUUCUAAAUAUGAGGAUCUCUUGCUCAAUGGAUUGGAGAUUUUCAAGUUGAACUCUUCAAAUGGUUCUUUUGCCGCACCAAGUCCUAAUAUCCCUAUGAAUUUAACACCUUUACAUGGUAAUAAUCGAUCGUCGAGUAGUUCUCAUCAUUUAAUACCGAUUAUCGGAGGAAUCCUUGGUGCUAUUCUAGUAGUCGCACUCAUAUCAUCAAUAUAUUUCAUAAUCAUUUUCCGAAGAAAAAAGGAGAAACAAAAAUUCAUGAAAACAAUGAGCAAAGAUGAUACUAGCAAGCUUAAGUGGAUUUCGCCGUUGGAUGAUUCUAGAUCUAAUGCAACUACCGCUAGUGUGAUUUCUUCUCUGCCGUCCGAUCUUUGUCGAUGUUUCUCAUUUGCGCAAGUUAGGGUUUCUACGAACGAUUUGAUCAUAGGAACCGGUGGGUUCGGUAAAGUUUACAAGGGUUCAAUAGAUGAUGGAGCCACUAUUGUGGCCAUAAAACGUCUUACGACAACAUCGAAGCAAGGCGCUCGCGAGUUUGAAACAGAAAUCGAGAUGCUAUCGAGACUACGUCACGUACAUUUGGUGUUUUUAAUCGGAUAUUGUGACGAACACGGUGAAAUGAUCAUAGUUUACGAGUAUAUGCCACGUGGCACUCUUCAAGAUCACUUGUUGUACAAGAAUCCCGAGAGAAGCGAGAACCAAACACCAUUGUCGUGGAAGCAACGACUUAUGAUUUGUCUUGGAUCAGCUCGUGGUUUGCACUAUCUUCACGCGGGUGCUAAACAAUUGAUUAUUCAUCGAGAUGUCAAGUCUACGAAUAUUCUUCUUGAUGAUAAGUGGACGGCCAAAGUCUCAGACUUUGGCCUUUCAAAGGUAGGACCCACUCCCGGUGAUAUGGGUCCUACCCAUGUUAGCAACGCUGUUAAAGGUAGUGUUGGAUAUUUAGAUCCAGAGUACUAUCGACGUCAACAAUUGACAGAGAAAUCAGAUGUAUACUCCUUCGGAGUUUUGUUGUUCGAGGUUUUAUGUGCUCGAUUUGCGAUGAACCCUAAUCUACCCAAGCAACAAGUGAACUUAGCCGUGUGGGCUCGUUAUAACUACAAAAAUAAAACCCUCCACACAAUUGUCAAUCCAAAUCUAACAUGGCAAAUUACACCCGAAUGUCUAAGAAAAUUUCAAGAUGUGGCAGAAAUGUGUAUACGAGAACAUGGAAGUGAUUGUCCUUCGAUGGGGGACGUAGUUUGGGGCAUUGAAUUUGCCUUACAACUACAAGAAACGGCGGAGAAAAUUACGCAAAACAAUUUAAGUGAUGAUCCUCAAGGAGAAAUUUCAGAUUCUACGAUAAGUUUUAAACAUGAUGGGGCAAAUGCAUUAGGUUCAAUGUAUAUUGAUGAUGAAUCGACCACAUUAAAUGAUGAUUUUUCUGAUACUAAGAUGGUUGAUAUGGACACAAAAAAGUUCUUGGGUAGUAGAACUACUACAUUUAAUUAA